AUGGCGGACGCCACCGACAGUGCUCGUGAAGCCCAACGCGCUGCAGAAAAGGAAUACAACCGCCUGGGCAAAGCCAAUGUACGUAUGAGAACUUCCCGCACAACACUCGAAAUGGACAUAGAAAUGCAAUCGGAUUUGAGUUGGGAUGAGAUGGCAGUUGCCGAUGUGAAGCUGGAAGAGCAGAUUGAGCGGGCCAAAACGCGCCAUUUGGCUCGUUUGCACAAAAUCGGGGACAAGUAUGUAGUUUUGCGUGAGAGGAUGCGGGAGAGACAGGAGGAGAUUGACGGACGCAUUGAGCAGAACGAGAAUCGCCGACAGGCACUUCGGCUGGAGUGGAACAGACGACAACAGCAGGAAUUGGGUGAGGCAGAAGCUGAAAAUGAACGCAAUGCCGAUAUGGAGCAUGAAGAAGACGGCGGAGUUAGCGUGGAAUAG